AUGGAAGAAGCAACCAAUAAAUCGGAUGACUACAUAGUAUGUUAUGCACCUACCAUGAUAACAACAAAUGGGGUGUGGCAAGGAGACAACCCUUUGGAUUAUUCUCUCCCUCUUUUCAUCUUGCAAUUGACUUUAGUUGUGAUUGCCACCCGCUUAUUUGUGUUCAUACUCAAACCUUUUCGCCAGCCACGCGUAAUUGCUGAAGUCUUGGGUGGAGUAGUAUUGGGUCCUUCGGUGCUUGGACAAAACGAAACAUUUGCCAAUGCAGUGUUUCCUCUAAGAAGUGUUAUGGUGAUUGAAACAAUGGCAAAUAUUGGUCUCCUCUAUUUUCUGUUCUUGGUAGGGGUGGAAAUGGACAUAACAGUGAUGCGAAGCGUGGGUAGAAAAGCUGUGGCUUCGGCAAUGGCUGGCAUGAUUUUACCUUUCCUCGUUGGAGUGGCCUUCUCCUACCUUUUGGCCAAAAAAACUGAUACCCAUAUAAACCAAGGCACAUACAUCCUAUUCCUUGGCGUUGCUCUCUCUGUCACUGCAUUUCCUGUCCUUGCUAGGAUCCUGGCUGAGCUUAAACUCGUUAACACAGAGUUGGGGAAGCUUGCUCUUUCAGCUGCACUCAUCAAUGACGUGUGUGCUUGGGUUCUGUUAGCUUUGGCCAUUGCACUAGCUGAGAACAAUGCAGCUUCAUUGGCUUCUCUCUGGGUUCUACUCUCUGGUGCUGCAUUUGUGGCAUUUUGUGUUUUUGCUGUUCGACCAGCAGUUGAAUGGCUGAUUAGGAAAACCCCUGAAGGAGAAACUUUCAGUGAGUUUUAUAUAUCUCUUAUUCUAGCUGGGGUCAUGGUCUCAGGCUUCAUCACUGAUGCAAUUGGAACUCAUUCUGUUUUUGGAGCUUUUGUGUUUGGUUUGGUAAUCCCAAAUGGACCACUCAGUUUUACUCUUGUGGAAAAGCUUGAGGACUUUGUUUCCGGACUUCUGCUACCUCUCUUUUUUGCCAUAAGUGGGCUAAAAACCAACCUAGCACUCAUUAAUGGCUCAUACACCUGGGCGAUUCUUAUUCUAGUCAUUUUUCUGGCCUGCAUUGGCAAAGUUCUUGGCACCCUAUUGAUUGCACUGCUUUAUCAAAUGCCAAUACGUGAAGGAGCUGCCCUUGGUUUACUCAUGAACACAAAAGGUCUCGUUGAAAUGGUCGUGCUUAAUGUUGGGAAGGACCAGAAGGUUUUUGAUGAAGAAUCAUUUGCAGUUAUGGUCGUUAUAACAGUAAUAAUGACUGCCAUUAUUGUACCUGCCAUAUCAAUCAUUUAUAGGCCCUCAAGAAGCAGCAUAUAUUACAAAAGAAGAACAAUUGAGAUAUCAAAAUCAAAUACUGAGUUCAGACUCCUAGUGUGCAUCCAUACCCCUCGAAACGUUCCAACAAUGAUAAACCUUCUUGAAGCCUCUAACCCAUCAAAGAACUCCCCAAUAUGUGCCUAUGUGCUCCAUCUGGUGGAACUCAGUGGUCGAACAUCAGCCAUGCUCAUUGUCCACAACACAGCAAAACAAGACCUCCCUGCCCUUAACAGAACCGAAGCUCAAUCUGACCACAUAAUCAAAGCCUUUGAAAACUACGAGCAGCAUGCUUCAUUCAUCGCAGUUCAGCCCUUGACAGCCAUCUCUCCCUAUUCCACCAUGCAUGAAGACAUAUGCAAUUUGGCAGCAGACAAACGUGUGGCCCUCAUCAUUGUUCCUUUUCAUAAACAACAAACAGUCGAUGGUGGCAUGGAAGCUACAAACAUGGCCUAUAGAGCCAUCAACCAGAAUGUACUAGCAAAUGCACCUUGCUCAGUAGGAAUUCUAGUAGAUAGAGGCUUAAGUGGCUCUAAUCGUUUGGCUGGAAAUCAAGUAUCUCAUCACAUAGCAGUAUUGUUUUUCGGAGGCCCAGAUGAUAGAGAGGCAUUGUGCUAUGGAUGGAGAAUGAUGGAACAUCCAGGGAUUAGCCUCACCAUAAUGCGUUUUCUCCCAGGUGAACAGGCAGAGCCGUCCUGCCCACAACAAGACAGCAAUAAUAUGGAUGGACCAAGGAUGCUGACAGUGCAAACAGAUAGGGAUAUACAGAAGAAACUUGAUGAAAAACUUCUAGAAGAAUUUAGGAUGUCAUGUGGGAGUGAAGAUGCAGUUGAUUAUGUUGAGAAGGUAGUUAACAAUGGGGAAGACACAGUGGCUGCAAUAAGGAGCAUGGAUGAUGUUCAUGAUCUUUUCGUUGUUGGGAGAGGUCAAGGGAUGAUAUCACCUCUCACUGCAGGACUCACUGAUUGGAGUGAAUGUCCUGAAAUGGGGGCCAUUGGAGAUUUGCUAGCAUCUUCAGAUUUUGCUGCCACUGCUUCAGUUUUGGUGGUGCAACAAUAUGUUGGGCAAGUAUAUCCAGGAACGGAAACACCUAAUGGUGAUGAUUAUAUCGAUUUUAGCCAUUGUUCUACAUCACCUGCAGCUAAAGUAUACAGUUAG